UCACUCCGUGAGGGAGGCAGCGGCAACUAGGCUGGGGAAGGCUCUUCCCUCCCUCCCUUCCCCCCCCCUUUUUUUUUUCUUUUUUCUUUUUAUUUUUUUUAAUUUUUUUCCCCUUUAUUUUUUUUUCCUUUUUUUUUUUUUUUUUUUUUUUUUGAAGGGGGGUGGGUGGGGAGCGAGAGGGGAGGGCUCGCGAGCGGGGCGAGCCGGGGAGAGGACGAGGAGAGCGAGCGAAGAGGAGGAGGAGAAGAAGAGCAAGCAAGGAAGCAAGCAAGCAAGCAAGCAAGCAGCGGGCUGGAGUUGCGCUGCCUCCCCGGCUCCGCUCGCAGGACGCUCCCCGGCCGGGCAGCGGGCACCGCCGGAGGCACGCUGCUGCCGCUGCCAGCGGGGGGGCAGCCGGGCAGGGGGCUGCCACCCACCUCCUCCCACCCUCGCAGCCAGCCACCCAGCCCUCGAUGUGCGCGCCUGUGCGUUUUUGGCUGCGCUGGAAGUAGCGCGCGGUAGACGGCGAGGAAGUCUCGGCAGCCUCCUCCUCCGUCGCCCGCGCUGUCAGGAAUAGCGGCGUGAGAGGGAAGAAAAGGCCCUGGGGCACUACACCCUGCCAACGAGUUCCCUGCACCAGCCAGAAGGACUCCAGCUACAUGGGCAAACGCCUGGACCAGCAGCCAAUGUACCCCCAGUACACCUACUACUACCCCCACUAUCUCCAAACCAAGCAGUCCUAUGCACCAGCUCCCCACCCCAUGGCUCCUCCCAGCCCCAGCACAAACAGCAGCAACAACAGCAGCAACAACAGCAGCGGAGAGCAGUUGAGUAAAACCAACCUGUACAUUCGAGGCCUUCCACCCGGCACCACUGACCAGGACCUUAUCAAGCUGUGCCAGCCGUACGGGAAAAUUGUAUCCACAAAGGCAAUUCUUGACAAAAACACAAAUCAGUGCAAAGGUUACGGUUUUGUAGAUUUUGACAGUCCAGCAGCAGCACAGAAAGCAGUAGCAUCUCUCAAAGCAAAUGGCGUGCAGGCACAGAUGGCAAAGCAACAAGAGCAAGAUCCCACAAAUCUAUACAUCUCAAAUUUACCCGUUUCCAUGGAUGAGCAGGAACUGGAGAAUAUGCUGAAACCUUUUGGACAUGUCAUUUCCACCAGAAUAUUAAGAGAUGCUAACGGAGUCAGCAGAGGAGUUGGCUUUGCCAGAAUGGAGUCUACAGAAAAAUGUGAAGUAGUAAUUCAACAUUUUAAUGGCAAAUAUCUGAAAACCCCACCUGGUCUACCAGAAUUCCUCUUGGUUUGCUGUAGAGGAAUAAAGCCUCCUAUUGCAGAAAUCUGCCUGUGCAGGGCAUGGUUCCUUCAUCCUUUUCCAUCCUCUUCCCUAACCCAAAAAACCCCCACUGAGCCUUUGCUGUGCAAAUUUGCUGAUGGAGGGCAAAAGAAGCGCCAGAAUCAAAGCAAAUACACACAGAAUGGAAGGCCGUGGCCCAGAGAAGGAGAGGCUGGCAUGGCUUUGACUUACGAUCCAACAGCUGCUAUACAGAAUGGAUUUUAUUCCUCACCGUACAGUAUUCCAACAAACCGCAUGAUUCCACAGACAUCAAUCACACCAUUCAUUGCUGCUUCCCCUGUCUCUACAUAUCAGGUCCAGAGUACUUCAUGGAUGCCUCAUCCGCCAUAUGUUAUGCAACCAACUGGUGCUGUGAUAACACCAACAAUGGACCACACUAUGUCAAUGCAGCCAGCAAGCAUGAUGGGCCCUCUGACCCAACAGAUGAACCACCUUUCCUUGGGCACAACAGGAACGUACAUGACUGCUGCUGCACCUAUGCAAGGGACCUACAUUCCCCAGUACACUCCUGUGCCUCCAACAGCUGUCCCUAUUGAAGGUGUUGUUGCUGAUACUUCUCCACAGACAGUAGCAUCGUCAUCACAGGAAGCCAGUGGUCAACAGCAACAGAUGACAGUGGAAACAUCCAGUGAACACGCACCUGCAUAUUCUUACCAACAGUCUAAACAAUAAACAGGACUGAAGAAUGUCGGUCUGAAAUCUUUGCCUUGAAUGGAGAAACUUCACUGAACAAGAAGUUGGCUUCCAGUUUGCACAGGCGUCAAAUGAAUGCUUUUUUUUUCUACCUUUCCCAACGAAAACAAAACAGUGUUUUUAUGUGCUGUGCAAAUGGUUCCGUCAUGUAGUCUGACAAUUUUAUUUUUGCUAUUUUUUUUUUCUUAACUAAAGAAAAAACCCAGAGGAGAAAUGCUGGGUUGACAUUUCAUCUGGACGAACAUUUGAAUUCAGAAUUUACCUGGAGGUGUAGCUAGAUUUUCUUUUUUAACAGAAAAAAACUGAUGAUGUCAAGAGGGAGCAAGCUGAGAUGAAAACCAAUUGUCUUCCUCAAAAAUUAAGCUACUCUUUUUCUCUCAUUUUAUUUUUCUUCUUGUUUUAAAUUUAGAGUGGUUUUUGGUUGUUUUUUUUGUUGUUCUUUUUUUGUUGUUUUCUUUUUUUGUUGUUGUUCAAGUGUUUGUUUUAAAGAAAUGUUUAGGUAAGGUUUAUCUUGAAUCUUAAUUGCCUUAAUUUUAAGGACGUCAAAGGCUCUCAAGGCAAGCUGUCAACGUCUUGUUAGAAAACCCGAGAAUGAAUUGAAACUGCUCACACCGGUGCUGGUGCAGAAGUUUAAUAGACUGAGUUUUUGGGGUGAACAAAAAUAAACUGUACAGUUUAAAAGAAAAUGAUUUUCUUCUUUGAAGAAAAGUUGAUGAUAAAGGAACUGUGGCAACUGAAAGGAUUGGAAAAAUGCUGGGACUUUUAUGAACUUUGUCUUAAGUGUUGACAGAAAAAAAUUCUAGAAGGCUAAAGCAUUUUACAGUAAAGUUAUUGAAUUGAGAAAAAAACUUGCUGCAUUGUAGAGAAUGCAGGGUUUUUUUCUUGCAGAAUGCAGAUUUUUUUAUUUACAAAGCGUGAUCGCUAGCAAAAGCAUUAGUGCUUUUUAUCUGCAGUCUUUUUUAUGAGCUUUAAGAAGUUUUUAGUCUGCUUUGCUUGUCACAUUGCAAAAACCUAGCUUAAGAGCAUUAAAAAAACUUAAGUAGAUAGGAGCUUAUGGUCAAAAAAGUGCAAAAAAAGCAAUAGAUAGAAGAAAUUGUUGACAAUUUCUGUAGUCUUUCCUAGUUGUGAACAAAUGCAGCCUAUGGAUGGCCUAUUUUAUACCAAAGAUGAAGUGACACCCUAACGCAGUCCAGAAGAUAGAGGUUUUUUUCUUUUUUUAUCUUUAUUUGACCUACAUGGCCGGACCAGUUCUUACUUUCUUGUUUGUUUAAACUAUCUUCCACUGGUGUUUUACAUACUGCAUAUGUUUAUAGUGGAAAUUUCAGAAUAGUUGGUAUGAGAAGCUUAUUGAUGGUGUGCUUUGGAGAACAUCACAAAGCAGGAGAGCGGGUCACCAACUAAUCUGUCCAGGUGGGCUUAAUUUUGAUGGGUUUUUCUGUUAAAUUGCCUGAUCCUUGGUAUUUCUUCUGAAACAACAGUCUUCCUUCUGAAUUCCAACACACCACAGACUCAUUUCUUCACCUCAGUCUUUGUCAUCGUCCAGCAUGCAUAGCCACCUUAAUUCUGCGUUUUUUGGUGAUGCGUUCGAAUUGCCAGUUAGAUGCGACAGAAAGCAAACUCGAUCUUUGUUCUCAUUUUAGCUCUCCCAUACAAGCAGAAAUGUUGAAAAUGACUUACGCUAGUAUUGUCAUGCAGGCAGGAAGUUUAAAAUUAUUCUUCUCUGCUAUGAUUUCCGUUGUCUUAAUAUGUUGGCUGACAAUCACUAAUUAGUAUGAUUAGGCAGAAAAGACACUAACUAAAUUGAAUCCACUGAAACCUGUUUCAGGAAUGACAGUUAUUUUCCACAGAGAAAUCUUGAUUAUGGCCCUUGAUUUUUCCAAGCAACCAAAAAAGGUGAAAAGCAAGUCAAAAGAUGAUUUUUUUUUUUCCUUAAGGAGGCAGAAGAGAAGCAGCAUUUAAAUAUAUACAUACAUAUACAUAUUUCUAUAUGUAAAUUUAAACCAAACAUUUUUAAACUUUCCUCCAUUCAGAAGAGAGGGGAAGCUUCAUCACAUUUAUUGUGGUGCAUUAGAGACAGGGUAUCCAUUAAAAAUAAUUAAAUUCAAACAUUUAUAUUGGAUCAAUCUGAUUCAGCCACCCAAAUCUAAAAAGAGAUCUCUGUUUCCCUAACCUGUCUUUUGGGGGAAAAGUACACAAUUAUUUUUUUAAAUUGAUAAAACAAGAUCAUAUAUUUUAAUGUAGUGUGGGGUGGGAGGGGGUUUCCCAAGUAAAUGGCUGCUAGAUAUGCAACAUAUAAAAGAGAGGAAUGGGAGUUCACAUGGUUCUUCACCAUAGGAAGAGGGCCUGAUUUUCAGAAGUGAUAAAACUUCUGCUUUCUCCAGAGUAGUUGUUGAUACUCGACACUUCUGAAAACCAGAUGAUGCCAAAGUAAAAGAACAACAAUAUUCACGUUUUUAAUUCAGAAAAAAAAAAUCACAUCUCUUGCUGUUCCACAUACUGUCUCAUUACAUGUUGCUUUUUGAGAGUGGCACUUGAAUUUUGUCCUUGGAUAAAGGUUCCCUCUGUCUUUGGAGGGCAUAUGGGGGAAAAAUCAAUCUAGCCUUAUUUUCUUCCUUUCUACACAUACUCUCUUUCUGUCUCUCUUUGAAUUCUUUGUACAAAUAGUGAUAAUCCCGGGCACAAUUCAGUUAAAUAGGAAAUAAACAUAUUUGUUUCUGUGUUAGUUCUAAUGUGACAUACAAAAAGUCUCAUUUACUAUCAACAAUGAGGCUACAAGGUAGCUACCAUGUGGCUGAUGAAUAUGCUGAGGUACCUUCUUGUUUCUAUUCAGAACUCUGCUGCUUUAUUUAUACAUUCAGAAACAUUUUUGUUAUUUUUUUCAGCAAACAAAUUUAAGCAAUCUCAGUGUUUUUUAUUAAGUCAGACAGGCAGCACGGUAUCACGAUGCCUGUCACUUUAAAGUGUUUCAAAUGCAUUCUGUGUUAGAAUUGUUCCUUUUCUUUUUUUCCAUGCUGCAAUGUUUAAUAGUGUUUGAAAUCAAAAGAAACAAAGCAAAGAAAUAGAGGAAGAAGAAGAGGAAAGAAAAUGGAUCCCCUAAAUGCAAUUGAUCAUCUUACUGUUCCCAAAAAUCAGUGAAAUGGUACUUGAAAGUCUAUGUUUUAUAUGUAAUGUGAGCUUUGAGUAUAAAUAGACAUAGAUCGUAAGGUAAGAAAAAAAAAAUGGAACAUACAAAAUGCUCAGAAAGUGGUAACUUAUUUGUAAAAAAUUUUAAGGUGAGAUAAAAGAUAACGAAAAGCAACACACUUGCUGCAUGGUUGUCAUCAUAGCACAGGAAUACUUGGUGGCUUCUGAACUCUAAAACUGGUUUUCUUUAUGUUCUGGCUAAUAAGAUUUAUUGGAAGGUUUAUUAUUGUCUUUUUGAGUUUCUUUUUUUUUCUUGUUUUUGAAGAUCAGAAUUCAUAAAGUCAGUAUCUAUGUCUUGCCAAUUAGCUUUAAAUAUCACGAGGGUUCCUGAAAGAUUGCAGAAACAACUCUAGAAGUCAAAGGCCCAGCGGUCUAGAAGCAACAUCAAAUCCAUAAGCUGAACUGCGUAUGUACUUUCCAUCACACCUGAAUUCUUGUAAAUAGUCAAAUCUGGAUGUUCAGGUUUGGUAUUUUUGUUUUUACUUUAAAAGAUAAAUACAGGAUGGGUGUCAGAAAAAUAUGAAUUAUGGCUAGAAAAUUCUGAAUACCUGGGCUCGUCACUUAACACUGAGAAAAAAAUGACACAGUGGAACUGAAGAGAGUGUUAUAUUUGCAGGUGCUGACCAGAGUGUAGAUCAGGGCACUGAAAAGUCUCACUUUUUCCAGUGAGAUCGUUGAGGGACUCUUCUUCCUAUCUGGCUCUACUGCUGGUUUUGUAAGCACUUUUCACCUGUGACAGUCAGGCCACAAAUUGUGAAUGUCCUCCUAUUGCCUUCCAGUGAAACAGACUCUUGAAAUGUCCUUAGCUUGUGCUUACUUGUAUAGUUCUGUUUACCAAGAGACUGCCUUGGUUGUGUUGGUCAAGAAAUCCACUGUAAUGCAGAAUGAGGCAUAUCUGAGAGCAAUUGCAUCACAUUGUAUUGUCUUCUGCUAUGGAUGCAUGCCCAACUGUAGAAGAUAAAGGCUGGUUAUUAGGGAAGUUGAGGGCUUAAACUUUCAAUGGGCAAUGGGCUGAAGCAUUCAAAUGGAUUUUUACACAAGUAAAAAUCGAAUGAAGGGUAUUAUUUAUGUAUGUAUGUGUACCAAAACUCAGCAAAUUUGAGGAAGCCUGCAUUGUAAUAAAGUUUAUUUUUAAUAUGUCAUAGUAUUUGGAUCUAUAUUAUGUUGUUUAUGGUACUGAAGGAUGAGACUGAUAAUAAGUGUUUAAGAAAUUGCCAUGCUUCAUGAUUUUAAGCUUGAUGGUGCUCCUCAUGCCACUUCAUUUUAAUGCUGAGGUUGACAUGAGCAAAACAGGUUUAGGCAGACUAGCUGAACUCCACCUACAGUAAGAGUCAUGCUUAAGAGUGAUAAUGUGCUUAAAGUAAUAAAGCGAUCUAUUUUUAGUGGUGAGACCAAAUGUGGUAGUUGAAGAUAGUAACGUUUGAUACACACAUGGUCAACAUUUCCUUUCGAAACUUUAUUUAACAUGAAAUUGGUCCUUAUACAAAAGAAGUGCCCUAGGGUAAGGGAUUUUACAGGUCUUUCUAGGUAGCCCAUGUGAACUGAGAAAACAGUCACGGUGUGAUGGAAAUGCAAAACAGAAAACAACAAAGACACUGACAUUUGGUGUAUUAGUCUUUUCAGUUUAAUGGCAAUUGGCUCUAAUAAUGAUGAUUCCUUUCAUUUCUAAUACGCGUACACACAGUCACGCCCGCACAUUUUCCCAGAGGAGGGCUGAGUGACCGGCAGACUCCUGUCCCUCACUGGAGCAGAUUUCUAGAAUCUCAGCAAGCAGCAAAGAUGCAGCGUAAGGAAAGCUAGCCCUCAAAAAGAGCACCGUUUUUUUCUAUAUUGCUCCUGUCACCUAAAUGGGCUAGAGCUCUGUAUGUACCCGAGAGAUUUAUUCACCUUUGUGCCUCAAAGCAGGCAGAAGAGACCCUUUCUUCUCCCCUUUAUUAACAUGUUCUUUGUUCAAAUUAACAGAAAACUGAGAGAGAAAAGUUGUUAAAAAGUAAAAGACAAAGUGUUGCUUUAGCUUUUCAUGAUGAGAAAAAUGUUUGUCUUUAUUUCAGUUGUUCAGGAUUUCACUCCCCAACAGUGACAGUUGCAUUCUUUCAAGUCAGUAAAAAUGUGUAAUGAAGAGAAAAAUAUCAGCCUUUGACAGGUUCACAAAUACAUGUCUCCUUGUAGGGCCAAACCCUGCGAGGUCUAAGCACCUUCCAAGAUCUGGAUCUGCUGUCCUUAAGAGAGUAUCUGCCCAACUUUAAUUUCUGCCUAUAAGUGUCUUUCUCUUGGAUAAAAAUUUUAUGAAUUUGGUGGAAUUUACAGACAGUUAUAUUUUUAAAAGCCCAAAAAUACAGCCUAGAGAAGAGAACAUGAUGUUUAUGUAACUGAAGUAUUAUUAAAUAUUCUGUAUUCCAGAGUGGAGGAAAAUUCUACUAUCUUUUGGAGGCAAAACAACUUUAUGUAAAAAUCAGGAAGCAUACAGAAUUCAUAUAGGAACACUUAUUUGUUUUCCUUUUUAAAGGAGAAUGAACAGAUUCUGUCUGUAAAAAAAUCAAAGCAGCUUUGAUAGCAGAUGAACUUCCUAUCAAGAAAACGUGCAUCACGAAAGUGGGACAGAGGUUCUUUAAAGCCCUUACACACCUCAUUGUAGCCAAAAUGUAGAAUACAGAACCUCUGUGACACAUUAAAUUAUGAAUCUUAUUUAUAUGGGCAUCUGUGUGCUGAUGUCUCAGAAUGUCUUUGAAAGAUCUGUACUGCUAUGAUUUUUUUUUUUUGAUGUUUUCCAUUUGUACCACAAUCCUAAUAGCUGCCAUUUUCCCACUCCUGGGGCUUUCUGUAGAUCAGUGGAUGUUAGGUUUAAACUUCUGUUUUCUUUGAUGAAGCUUUCAAUAAAAAAAUAAAGAAAGA